UGACGCGUGGCGGCUAGCGUCCGGCGCUCCUGGGCACACUUGGCAUUGGCAAGGGCCGCUUGGGCACAGCGAUGACUGAAGAGGACUCUGAGAGCGUCCACACCGAUUCCCAGGCCGGGGAGGAGAGCGAGCUUUCCGUUAUCCAACUGUGCGGGCUGGUGGAGGAGCUCAGCUAUGGAAACUCUGCUCUCAAAACGGAGACAGAGAUGUUUGAAAAAUACUGCUGUAAACUGGAGGCCAGAGAUCACCGACCUCAACGAAUUUCAGAUGUUAAAAUGUCAGCAGCAGAGUUUGCACAGUUACGGAGCAGACGUAAAUCCAGAUCCCGGCCAGGUGGUGAACGCAUGAUAGGCCUCACUGUCGAACAAAAACUUGACCUUGUGCAAAAGGAGCUGGAAGACAUGAAGGACGAGUUGAGGCAUAUGAGGGCAAAUGCUGAACGGGACCUGCAGUACCAUGAGGCUAUCAUUGAGGAAGCUGAAAUUCGAUGGACUGAAGUCCAGAAAGCAGUGCAUGACUUUGAAAAAGAUAUUCUAAGAACCAUAUCCAAGAAGAAAGGGAGUAUUUUGGCCACCGAGAAAGUGUUGAAGUACAUCGAGGACAUGAACCACCGGCGGGAUAAUUUGAGGGAUAAAUUACGUUUGAAAAAUAUUUCCCUCAAAGUUCAGAGGAAAAAACUGCUUUUACAAUUGAGGCAGAAGGAAGAGGUAGGCGAGGCCCUGCACGACGUUGAUUUUCAGCAGUUGAAGAUCGAGAAUGCUCAGUUUUUAGAGACGAUUGAAGCACGGAAUCAAGACCUGAUCCAGCUGAAGCUGGCAUCCGGAAACACCCUGCAGAUCCUCAACGCGUACAAAAGCAAGCUUCACCGAGCAGUGGAGAUGUACAUCUGUUUGGGCAAGGAGAUCUUGCUGAGAAAAGAGCUACUUGAAAAAAUUGAUAAAGAAACCAUACAAGUAGAGGAGGACCGGGCCAAAGCCGAGGCUUCCAACAAGAAGUUACGGAAGCAGCUGACUGAGUUCCGGGCACCACAGGUGAUGAUGUACCUCCGGGAGAAGAUCCUAAAUGGGGAGAUGGAGAAGACCAUCAAGAUGUGGGAAAGAAAAGUGGAAAUCGCAGAGAUGUCCCUGAAAGGCUAUCGCAAGGCUUGGGAUAAGAUGAAGACAAGCAAUGAGCAGUUGCAAGCAAUUUGCUCCCCUGGGAAAUAGCCAGGGGUAGGCCACAGCUCGCUGACCGAGAAAUGAUCCAUUAAAGCACUCAGCUCUUUUCUAGUCACGGGGUCCUCUCACUGGUGUCCCCAACUCCCCAGCCAGGCUGACCCUCACCUCCCAGGCUACAUCUGCCCACGGGGGGUCUUCACCGCCUGGCCUCUGGAACCGUUGUCACUGAAAGAACCACAGGGCACGCUAACGGUUUGACACUUGUUAGCCCACGUUUAGUUCACAAGCACAAAUGAAAGUGACCUUUCCGCAUGUGGGAGUGGGACAGAGGAGGGAGAGCCAGCCCCGUGUGUGCUGUGGGGCCAUCUGCGGCAGCCCAGGUGUGCAGCUAUCAAAAACAGACAGCCCAGCAGCAUGGCGAAUACCCAGCACUUGGCAUCCUGAGCUUCCUCUUCCGUUUGGUGGGUGAGCUCCCCUUAGACUAGACACCGCUGCCAAAGAAAACAAGCACGAAGAAAACCAAGAUAAUUUCUUGGGGCUGAUGUAACCUGUUCUGACCUGCAAAAGACCCCCCCUCCCCAGCCUCCCCGCCGUAAUAGUCAUAGUACAUGGGUUGAAGGGCCGCCUCCGAAGAUCUGCCUGAUUCCCGGAGACCCUUUUCCCGGAAGUCCAGCCCAUCUCUAGUGCUGUUGGUCAUCUGUGAAGUCACAGUGGAAGCGGAACUACUUGGUUCUUGGGAGGUGGUUUGGGACCAUCCAGUGUGGCUCACUUCAGAAUAUGAAUUCCGUGUCACAGCAGCAUGCUCUUCGAAAUAGGGAUGAGGGAUAAAGUCCUGCCAGUGGCGGAGGGAGGACAGGGGCGGUGUCCCUGCGAGUCUCGGACAUGAUCCAGUCGCUGUAGUCUUCCACCCUGGUGUACAUAAAGAGGCCUGGGCAUGUAUCUCCACCUUGGGUCAAGAUUCCUCUCAGGACCCACAGGUCCAACUGCUGUAGCUGGCACAUCAUGGGACUUCCUGGUUCCCCCUGCAACAAAGGACAGAAGGCAUCAGGUCUUAGAAGACCUUGUUUUCUUUUCUUUUCUUUUUUUUUUUUUAAUAGAUUCUUGUGCCAAUUUACUGUUUGUUCUAGAAAUAUUUUACACUGGUUCUCCCUGGAAAUAGGGCAAAUUAUAGGAUACUAUUUCAAAUCUAGACAGUCACCACCACAAAUUCCAACAUGAUGGUUUUUCCUGUUUAUUAUGCAAAUUAUUUGUGGACUGAAAUUUCCUGGUUCAUAUUGCAUUUUUCUUGUCCCCAGUACUUUGUCUAGUGCUUCCUUCUUUGGGCUUCUCAUUCCUCAAAUACUGGUAUUAAUCUUCUUUCUGGCUUGGAAUGCUUCAGUUUCCCCUUCUCUUCCCCAGCUUGUUCCCAUCUUUCAUCUAAGCUGAUCCUUUCCACCUGCAGUCCCAAAGGGAAUGGCUAGGGAGGGAUGCAGAGCCAAAGUCCCCAGGGAACGCACCCUGGGCUAGCCUUAAAGCUUUCCCACCCAAUCGUUGUCUGACAUCCCAAGGGGUAUUCCUCUGGAACUCAGGGAUUCUGUAAACACUCUAUCUUACAUAUGAUGAGUGGGCAGAAAUUUGGCAUGCUUAGCUAGAUGGGUGACCCUGGGCAAGUGACCUAGUUCUUUCUCAGUCCAAGUGGGGACACAGUUAAUGCCUCUAACACAUGCAAAUCACCUAGCAUGGCACCUAGCACACAGCAUGCACUCUCUGAAGUGCUAGCUACUAUCAUCUUGACACCUAUAAAAAGCCAUCGUUUUGGUACAAAAAGUGAGGAAAAUGGAAAAAGCAACAAGACAAUUACUAGGAAUGGUUUACCUUACUUGUCCCAUCCACUCGCCACCCCAGGCCUCCUCUUAAAGGAAUAUCCCACGCCCACCCCCAGCCCGUGGUCCAUCUUUGGUCUGAGAAGGGGGUUGCCUUCCAAAGGCUAGUCGGCCAGAUUGGACCUGUGAGGCCUGCCUGGAGGGAGGAGCCAAGCAAUGAAACGUUGCUCUCACCAGUUUGGAUGGAGACACGGAGUGUCUGACAAAAGGAGCCGAGAGGGCAGAAGAGAGGCCACUGCAGCUCCUUCCUAUCUGAGGCGGGGGUGUUUGGUCUGUUUGGGGUAUCCUCCUCAGUAAGCACCCCUUUUCCUGAGGAAGUCACACCAGAACAGAGGUGAGGGUAAACAGAAGAAAGGAGCAACUCUGCAGGAAGGGCAGUAGGGAGGCACGCCCCCCCAAGGCCGCCAUCACGCCCUGGUAGCCCCUUGGAAGGCCAAGGCCAGAUGCAUGAGGAAGACAGUCUGGGCUUCACUCUGUGCUCUCAUCUAAAGGAAGGAGUGCUGCGGUAGCUUUGAUCUUUUUCAGUUUCACCCCACCCUGACAACAGAGGAUAGAGAUCUCAUUCCAGAGUUCUGGUUGGUUACCUAGGACUGGUAAAUGGGUCCUUUUCCCCACCUCACUGAGUUUGUGUGGGGCAUGGAGACUCCCUGGUCAAGAAAGUAUGGGUCCCUCCUUUCCCGGACCCAUUAUCAGCUGAUCUCAACUGUGCUCAAGGAAGGGGAAAAACUGCAAUUCAGGACAAACAGAUUGAAUGGUGGUUGUGGUGGAUGUCCCCGGCUACUGCAUGGAUUUUGCAAGUGCUUUUUCCACCCGGCUCAGAAGAUGCUGCUCUUUCUUUUCCCCACAAUCCUGUGGGGCUGUGAAGCAAAAGAGCUGAGAGAAUUAGUACCAGGUGCCUCUCUGGAACAGCCCUACUUCAUCUCCAGGCUGGGUAGCCACAGCACAGAGGGGCUUUCAUUGAGUGAUCCUCUCCCUUGACAUUCUUCAAAAGUCCUCGCAGUAUAAAAAAUAAAACUAAGUGGUGUGUGGAGUGAAUUCAACUUCUGUUGGGUUUCUGAGGAAGUUUAGCUACUAAAACUGGGAGUUUCUUUGACAUGUGAGAAGUACGUCUUUGAGAAUCUCUAGACAGACAUUAGAUCCCAUUCCAAGAGAGGAGGAAAUUCUUUUUUUUUGGGGGGGGGGGUGCUGGGGAUGAACCCAGGGCCUGUGCUUACAAGGAAAGCACUCUACUGACUGCGCUAUCUCCCCAGCCCCGAGAGGAGGAAAUUCUAAGUAGACACCAAUAUUGCAAGCACAGUGUUUGAAACAAAGGACUAUUUACAGAUGUGCCCCAGUUAAAAAUAAACAAAAAACCCUGAACUUCGAGGGGAUGUAGAAGGGCGAUCACUGCAUGCGUAAACAGCUUAUCAGAUUCCAUGAGUGCAAGAUACACUUCAACAUUGACAUCCUUAAGACUAAAACGGGUCUCUAAUGAGUUGAUAUCAGAGUUUGUCUUUACUUUCUUGGCAAUACAGAAAAGAAUUGUGGAUUCUACCAUGGGUGGCCUCUUAGACUUGACGCAGUAUGCCAAUGGACUGAUGGAACGGUUGGCAGCCGGGUUUGGUUAGCUGCUGUGUCCUCUACUGUAUUUUAACACAUUAUCUGAUUUAGGAAGUUGCUAAGGUUGCCUAUAUGGCAGAGGGCCCAGGACAAAGUAGGCACUCAAGAAAUGUUGAACCAACCUCAAAGAGCAAACUUACUGCUUCACAAGAGGCAGGCCUUCAUGCUUUUGCAAU